UCAUUCUUCUUUUUUUGCAUUUUUCAUACAUGUUAUGUAUGUUAACAAAAUGUUUUCCCGAAAAUUAUUAAAAUUUCAGCAAAAACUGAAUAAUGCCUUACAUUUUAAACGUUGCUUUACACAAAGAAAUCUUUUGGCCUUAAGUGAUCGAGGUUUUUUCCAAGAUAUGUUUCCGGAUAGCGCUGGGCCUCAAAUGAAAAAAAUAUUCGAUUCUGCUCCUCAAACGAUAUAUGCGGGCUUUGAUCCUACCGCUGACAGUUUGCAUGUGGGUAAUUUAUUGGUUAUAAUGGGUCUAUUGCACUGUCAAAGAGCUGGCCAUAACCCCAUAGCUUUGGUGGGAGGAGCUACCGGCUUAAUAGGCGAUCCCAGUGGACGUAAAACAGAACGUAGUCAAUUGCAAGACUCGAUAGUGGAACACAAUUUGGAGGCGAUUAAAAAGCAACUGGAAAAGGUAUUCCAAAAUCAUUUAGAUUGUUUGUGGGAUGAUAAGAAACACAAACAUCCUCUGCCGGAAUUAAGAAUAGUUAAUAAUGCCGACUGGUAUAAAAGUCUUAACAUUAUAGACUUCAUAGCUCAUACAGGGAGACAUUUUCGUUUGGGGCAAAUGCUUUCUAGGUCUUCAGUGCAGUCUCGAUUGGAAGCCGAAGGUGGCAUGAGUUUCACCGAAUUUACUUAUCAAACUUUUCAGGCUUAUGAUUGGUUGCAUUUACUGCGUACUUACAAUUGUCGUUUUCAAUUGGGCGGUUCCGAUCAAAUGGGCAAUUUAAUGUCGGGCCAUGAAUUAAUAAGUAGAGCUGAGAAAAAAGAUGUGUUCGGCUUAACUUUACCCAUAGUAACCGAUGAGGAGGGUGAUAAAUUUGGUAAAUCAGCCGGCAAUGCCGUGUGGUUGGAUGGUAAUAAAACUUCAGCAUUUGCUCUUUAUCAAUUCUUUGUAAGACGACCCGAUUCAGAAGUGGAAAAAUUGUUGAAAUUAUACACCUUUUUGCCUCUAGAAGAAAUCGAUUUUCUUAUGCAGGAACACAGAAAAGAGCCAGAGAAAAGAAAGGCUCAAACCAUUUUGGCCGAAGAUAUAACACUGUUGGUUCAUGGCGAAAAGGGUUUAAAACAAGCUGAAACCAUAACAAAUGCCUUGUACAAGGGCAAUGUAGAAGGUUUGGCGGAAUUAGAUCACAAUGAAAUCAAACAGACUUUGGCAGGAGCCACUUUAGUAGAAAUACUAGCAGAACCUGAUAUGAGCAUGCUAAAAAUGGCCAUGAAAGCAAAAUGUUUUCCCACAGAAGCUGAUGCUAUUAGAAUUAUCACAGCCGGCGGUUUUUAUGUCAAUCAAAAACGUAGUCAAAAUAUAGCGGAACUUGUUACCCAGGGUAUACAUGUGCUUAAAAACGGUUUAACUUUACUGCGUGUGGGAAAACGCAACUUUUAUAUAGUAAAAUGGUUAAAAUAAUUGUAAAUAAUAAUUAUAAUAAAACGCCUGUUGACUUUGUUUUUAAA